UUGUUCCUUCAAAACUACUACUGAAAAAAAUCUUACCAAUCGAUGGUUUAACCCUUUUUUUCAUUUAUAUUUUUCAUUAUCUCAACUAAAUAUUUAAACAAAUUUCAAUUAAAAAUGUUAACCAUCGGAACCUUAGCCAACAUAAAGCAUAUUUUGCAAAAAGAUCUAUUCAAUAGCACCGGCGAACGUGUCCUAUCCGUCGCCACAGUCACAAAAACUUACAAAAAGAAAAAAGUUUGUUAUCUCUGCAUUGUCACAACUCCACCUCCCAUUCCCGUUAUAACAGUAUGUUUAGUAAAACUUCCCGAACGUGAAGGUGAUUACAAAAAGAAACGCUGCUGGCAAUUGGACGAAAUCAAACUCGUCGAUGGCAAAAGCGAAGAUUUCGAAACUCACGAAUUUGAUUUGCAAGUUGAAAAACUCUACAAGUGGUAUGCUAUUAAUUUGCAUGAAAGACAAAAUUUCAUUGCUGUUUUGUAUAAGCAAAUUAAUAAAUAUGUCCGAUCGAAUCGGGCCGAAUUCCGGAAUGUCCCGGCUGCUUGGUUGUCCGAAAUGUCACCGGAAAAGGUGGCAGCGAGUGGCAAUGGAAAUAAAGCCAUCGCUGACAUUGAAGAUGACGAUUCAGAAAGUCCUGAAUUCCAAAUGAUUUCGGACAAGGAAGCAACUGAAUUGAUGAAGUUGUUUUCCGAGUGUGAUUUUGCUAUUAAAGAUGCAGAGACUUUUAUUGAACAAUUGAGUAAAGAAUUACAUGAUUUAGAUGGGGCUAAUGUUCAAAGUGUAUUGGCAUCAGAGCAACAAGUUUUUGUUCUAAUGCAACAUAUUGAAACGGCCGUUGCUGAAGCGGAGAAAUUUGAAACUCGACUGGAUGCUUAUGAAGAGAUUUUGGGACAUGUCCGGGAGACUAUGGAGAAGAUUGGCGGGAAGAAUGCAAUGAUUGAGAUUGCUAAUAAUAAUAAUAUUAAAUUGCUGAAGGAAUUAAAUCGAGUUAUUACACAACUUGAUCUCCCUCAUGGUCAUCAACAAGCUCUGGAUGAGCCCGACCUAAAAACUGCCGCUGGUAGAGAAGCUGCAAUAGCUGCGGCCAAAAGCUUGCAACAAGCAAUGAACAGUGACAUAGAUCCGUCGCUCUUACGUCUCGAAGCAGUACAAGAUCAACGAAAACGUUUUGAAAAGUGGAAGGCAAAGUUCUCCAUUACCGUUAGUCGUUAUGUGAAUAAUUUAUUCAUUCAUUUGGGCAAUGAAUUUGGCGACACUCCAAUUUCUUCAACUGAACUUGUUCUCCCAAAACAUUCUUCAGUUCAUAAAGAACUUGUUGCCUACACAGAAUUAAUGCACUGGACAAAAGCAAUGGAUCGUAAAACUUAUGAUGGCUUGACAAGAGUUUAUACAACAUCGUUGAGUAAAAUCUAUGAAAGAGAUAUUCGUAAUUUCUUUACUUUGGCUCGACUACAAAUUUCCGAAAAACUACGAACAUCACGUGAAGAUUUAGACAGUUCGACUUCGUCAAAGAAAUCAACUGUUGUAGUGCCUUAUGGAACAUUAGGUGUCAAUAAAGAAUCCUGGGCAAGUGGUGUUGAGACUGCUGAUCGUGAGAAAUUCGAUAUGAUUUUAGAAAAAGUUCUAGCUGAAUUAGAACCAGUCGCCUUACAAGAACAAUUAUUUUGCAUUAAUUUCUUUCAAAUGGAUGUGAUAAGUCCCACGACUAAAAAUACUCAAACAACGUUGGAUGCAUUAGAAAGUCAACCCGAACCAAAAGAACAAGAUUCAAGUAAUCUUUUACCUCAGAAAAAAAUUGACCGGCAAAUCAACGAAGAAGUUCGUAAGCUAAUGAUGGCCUUAUUCGGAUGUCUGGAGCCUGAGCUUAUUAGCUUUAUACAAAGUUUUGACAAAAUGGAUAGCUUCUAUUCCUUAUACGUUUUGGUGCGACUAACCCAGCACGUUAUGUCAGCUCAAGACACCCACUCAUUCCUUAGUAUGACUUUUGCUUCAGCUUUGGUUCAUGUCAAGCGAAACUUUGAUCGAUUCAUGCAGCAACAAGUACAGUCAAUUAAAGAAGCAAAAAUGCCCAAACGUUCAAAAUGCGGAAUAUUGCCGUAUGUGGAAAAUUUUGAAGACUUUGCCGAAACGUGCGAGGGAAUAUUUCGUAAAUCGGAUAGACGAGCCGACAUGGAGAAAUGGUACCUGCAAUUGGUCAAUACAAUAUUUGACUAUAUAUCAAUUCAUUCCAACGAACACCCCAAAACACCGAGUCAAGUGGUAAAAAUGGAAAAUUAUCAUCAUAUGUAUUCAUUGUUGGCGCAGCUAAAAGUGCCUGGAUUGGAGCCGCUUAAAAAAGAUGGGAAAGCUAAAUAUAAUGAUGCAUUGAAGGCAUAUGUGACUAAAUAUUUUGGUCGUCCAUUAGAAAAACUUAACCUUUUCUUUGAAGGAGUUCAACAAAAAGUAGCUCAAGGUGUUAAAGAAACUGAAAUCAGUUAUCAAAUGGCAUUUUCGAAACAAGAACUUCGUAAAGUCAUUGGCCAAUAUCCAGCGCGCGAAGUUAAAAAAGGUUUGGAAAAUCUUUACAAGAAAGUUGAAAAACAUCUUUGUGAAGAGGAAAAUCUACUGCAAGUUGUGUGGCAUGCAAUGCAGGAGGAAUUUAUUGCACAAUAUAAUUAUUUGGAGGAACGCAUACAAAAAUGCUAUGCUGGAGCAAUGAUUAAUUUGGAAUUUAGUAUUCAUGAUAUAUUGACGUUCUUUUCUGAUAUCGCUCGAUCACAUUGAAUGAAAAAUCGCAUCGACUCUCUCUCUCAAUCGAACAUACAAUUUUAUACCGUUAUGCCAUGGAGGAAAAAAUUCCAUAGUAUUAGUGCUUAAAGCAUUAACUGUAAUUAAUUAUUAUAUUAUACAAAAAACAACAAAAUCACAAAAUAAUUAAAAAAAAAACAAAAUAUU